AUGCAACAAAUGGAAGUGAUCAAAGUUUACCUCGUGCCGACGGCGGUCGUUGGAGAUUCUGUUUCCAAUCACAAGUGUUUAAUUUAUGAUUCUAAGAGCGUUGAAAUUUUGAGAAAUCAGUAUCGGAUAUUGGCCAUACCCUUUGGAUCACUUCCGAAUUAUACACAACAAAACGAUUUUAGCUCUUUACCUUGCUUGAUAACACCCGAGAGCGUUACAUUAGGAAUUGAAUAUGGAUUUAUUCGAGUUUUUGAAGAUUUGCAUUCAUCAAAUAUCACCCGAUUACAAGACUUAAUGUUAAAUCCUGCAGCAAAAUCGAAUUCGACUACAGCUCCAUCGGGUCAUAAUUCUGGAAUAUCUCAAGUAUUCUUCAAAUUCCAAAUAGGAUAUGAACCAUCCAAUCAAACUAGUUUGCGGAUAUAUGAAGAACCAAAAGAUAUUACUCGAUUGUGGACAUUUCCACAAACACCAUUCCAACAAGAAAAGUACAAAGUUUUCAAAGAUUUACACAACAGUGGAUUCUUUUUAAGUAGUGGAGACAAAUUUGGUUGUGACUUUCUUGCAUAUCGAGGAGAUCCAGUAUUGCAUCAUGCAGAAUUCAUGAUCUAUGUACAAGAAAUAGAUAAGCCAAUUGAGCCUCAUCUCAUCAUCAGUAUCGGAAGAUUAGGAAAUACCGUCCAUAAAACUGUCCUUUUUGCUUCAUGGAAUUCCUCAACACAGAGUGUACAAUAUGUGAGCUUGAAUUGGUUCAAUCCUCAACCCAUUAAACCUUGGAAAAUCAAAGAACUUUGCGACAAGGAAAGCGAAGAAAACGAAGAAGAAGAUGAAGUACAAACUCUCGGAACAACAAUGAAUUCAUCCAAUCCCAUUGGGAAAGCUAUCUUUAAUAAUAGUAGCCAUUCCUCUUCAUCAUCAUCAACGAAUAAAAUCAUUCGUGAACAAAUUCCAAAUUCUAUCGGAAUGAAUGGACAACAAAACACGAAUGAAGAUGAUGAUGUGAUUGAACAAGAAGAUGCUGAUGAUGAUGAAUCUGAAAAGGACAAUAUUUGCUUGAUUUGCCAAGAUGAAUGGAAAGAAGAAGGAGAACACAAAGUAGUAGCACUUGCAUGUGGUCAUCUCUUUGGCCAGAGUUGCAUCAGCCAAUGGUUAGCCACAAAACCCAACUGCCCAAUGUGCAAGAAGCCUGCUCGUCCGAAUGAAUUACGACCCAUAUUCUUGGGCGAGUCAAGUGCCAAUAGGCUUGCCAUUCAUAAAGUCAAGAAGAUGAGUGAGAAGGAAAAGCAAGACAUUCGAUCAAAAUUGAGAGUGGAAAGAAAGAAACGAAGAGUGUUUGAAAAACGGUUGUUGGAAUUACGAAAGAAAAUUACAAAUUAUUUAAACUCCAUUGAAAAUCAUCAGCUCUUGGAUUCACAACAUGAAAAUAAUGAACUAGUACAUGAUGAUCACGAUAUUAUUGAAAUUACAUCUGAGAGUACUCCUUCUUCUGUCAUUCCAUUCUUGAGAGAACUGCAAACAGAUAUUGAGGAAUGUCCAUUUGAGAUCAAACUAUUUGACACCAACAAUGAGUUUGCAAAAAAAAGAAAACGAGAUGUAUUUGACAACGAACAAGAUGUAAUUGUCACGACGCCUGCAGAUCCAUCUUUGAGACAAAAUAACAUUUUUACCUCAGUAUUGGAGCUUAAUAUUCACUCACAACACAAAAUAUUUAGAUUUUUGGAUGACCCUUCUUAUCUUUGCUUUGAUUCUAGAAAAAAACAUUCCCUUGUAGUUUAUUCUACCGUCAAAUACACAACCACUGAGAUAUCACUAGACAAAAAUCAACAAGUGGUGGAAGCGUUUGAUAUCAAUGAUAUGUAUUUUUCAAGAAAAAACAAUCUGAUAUAUUGUGCUACUGAUAACAAAUUUGUAAAAGUAGUUGAUGUAAAAUCUAGAAACGGAAUUAUCUUUGAUAUGGAAAUGGAGGACGUGCCAAACUGUCUUGCAAUUCCGGAUGACACUCAUGAUAGCCUACUUUUGGCAGGGCUUGAAAAUGGGGCUAUUUGUGGUAUGGAUUUAAGAAUGCCAGGAAGGGUAGUUUUUAGAUUUGAUGUUCCCAACACUCCACGAACUAGUCACGCUAACUCCAUUCUUUCUAUGCAGUACGUCCCAAGUAAUGAUUCAUUAAUUUUUGCAACUCUUGGCUCUGGAGUGUUUCAUGCCAAGUUAAAUGUACAGAACAAUUAUCAUUCCAAUUCUGAGAGUGAAGGAACAAAAUUGGCUUGGUUUCAAGAUCAGCUCACUACCUUAAAGGCAAACAACAGAACAAACGUUCCUCAUCCUUUCAAUAUUUGCUACGACUCGUUUUCACACAAAGCCAUAAUUUCUUACUCGACCUUUGGAGAGUCAAAACGAAACAUUGACCAUUGUAUAAUGAACGAAGAGAAUGGAAGGUUUAACCCAAGCAACAUUGUAAUAUCAGAACCAACAGUCAUGCUGCCACCAUCUCACCAAUUUACAAUUUUUGAAAGAGUGGAACACCAUCCAACUCCUAUUGGAAAAUUUAAGUCUCCAACGGCAUUGUUCAAUUUAACAAAUUCGGGUGCUAUAGAUUUAGAGUCAAAUAAUCACUCCUCUCCAUUUGCUUUCUUCAAUGGAACCACUCUGAUGGCAUACACUGCUCUCAAAAAUAAAACCUUCUUCCAAUCACGAGUUUAG